AUGGAAAACGAAAUUCGCCGUAUUACUUCGGAAAGGGAGAGUGAUGAUUUGUUAGUAAAGUGUGGCGCACAUUUCGAUACACCAGACAGCGGGCUGAUGGAUACGUCAAAUGGAGGUGCUGGAAAGUGUACAGUGUACAUCUACGGUAUUAAUGACAAUUGA